AUGUCAAAGAAAAGAAAGAAUAGUUCAUCCUCAUCAUCAUCCUCGUCUUCAUCUUCCUCUCCUGAGAAAAAGAUCUUUGUUAACCAAUGUGACAAGUAUAAGGAAGAUAGAUAGUCUGAAAUUAGAAUACAUUUCUAUUUCAAAGAUUUGUACAUUGGAGGAUUACAAGAAGAUGAAUUUUUGUUUUAUUUACAUGGAAGAAUAUAAAAGGCUGUAAGAAUCUCUCUUUCUAAAAGAGGGUCCAUGCGAUUUGUUACAAAUUAGUUCAAUUAAUAAGGAAACAUAAACAAUUGAUGUAGCUGUGGGAUUCAAAUAUGAUGACGAUGCACUCAAAGUUUAUUAAGGAAAAGUCUCCGUAAAAACAAAAGAUAAACUUACGCCCAUCUUAUCAAAAGUCUACACUGAAAUGUUAAAAGAACAAGGACAUAUAGUGAAAGAAUAAUAGAGUGAUUUUCGUAAGUCUCAAUAGAAAGAAUUGUCUCGUGAAAAGGAGAAACCAUCAUAAUAUAUGCCAACAUAUAAUUGUAUAAAUAACACCAAUUUAGAUAAUAUAUCAAAGGAAUAAUUAUACAUCUUUGGAGUUCCUAAAGAAUUUACUGUAGAGGAAUGUAUAACUGAGAUUAAGCAGAUAUAUGACUUAGUUGUUAAGCCUGAGGGAAUUUUUAAAUCUGAGAAGAUUGGAGACAUUACAUAUGAAUAUUUGGAAUUGCAAGUGGAAAGAAUACCUUGUCAAUAGAUUCUGAAGAAAUUGCCAUUGGUAUUAAAGAAUAUCUCUUUACUAUGUAUAUAAAAGAAAAAGCGAACAGAUUCUUUUAAUGAUGUAUUGAAACUUUAAUAAGUGAUCUUAAGUGGCAAAGUGAAUUUAUCAUAAGUCUAUAAUCAUAUGAAUGGAAUAGGAGGUGUAUUAUUUCAUUAAAUUAGGUAAUUAUAUAUAUAAUUAUAUUAAAUAGUGAAUAAAAGUAUUGCAUAAUGAUGCAAAGUGAAUAAUCAGUGAUUGAUUUAAAGUUACCUUGUAGUAUAGAAAUUCAAAAAGUUUAAUGUUAAUUAAGUCAAACUUCUGAUUUUACAUUACAAAUGGGAAGACCUAAUUUGAAUGAUACUACAUAUUAUAAGAUUUAAGAGUUUAAAAAGAAACAAGAAGAAAUGAAAUUGGCUCGUUUGCAUUCUAGUUCUAGUUCGAGUUCAAGUUCUAGUUCUAGUUCCAGUUCUAGAAGUAGAAGUAGAAAUAAAAAGAAGAAGAAACAUCAUCACAAAAAAAAGUAUUGA